AUGUCUGUCCAGAAAUGUCUACUCCUAGUUCUUCUCGUAGCCUCGGUUGCAUUGGGCCGCACUGUUGUCAACUUGGAUCAACGAACGGGCCGGUUGGAGAAAAGGAUUCGCGUGCCAUUAUUUAAAGACCCCCUGAACCGAGUUAUUAACAUUGACGAUAGGCAUUACAAGGACAACUUCCCUGGCGGAAUCCAUAAGCACCCCAAAAACGAGAAGAACGGGUUCGCGAAAAAGAAAUACUUCACCAAGGAACAAGAAGAGGCGAUCUUCGAACAACACCAGAAGGUGAAUUUGGCGAAGGAAAAACUUGACGAGGCGAUUGCGAAGCAACAACAGAGUCGAAAUUCGGGGAGUGAAGAAAGGGCUAAGGCUCAAGAGCGAGUUGAUUCUGCGCAGAGAAAACUCAUCGAAGAGAUCACAAAACUUGAACAGCUUCGAGGUGGUAACUGAGACAAUGUAAUUCGGAAUUCGGCAAGACGACAUAUCCCG